AUGUAUUCCGAUUCAUUAGAUUGGUUAUGGGAAGAUUUUAAUUCACAUAAUCUGAUUGAAGAAAUUGAAGACGAUUAUUUGGGUACUAUUAACAACAGUCAUUCAGACACCAGCUCCCAAUCUAGUUAUAAUAUUGAUUGUUCGUUGUUAAUCGGAAAUGAAAAAACAGAAGAAGAAUCGGAUGAACAUUUCGAAGAUAUUAACGAUGAUGUACCAGAAAUCUUACCAGAAUCGUACACAAAAACUUCAAAUAUUGAAAAGCUGAUACUUUUUUGCGCCGAAAAUUUUAUUGAACAAUUCAAAGUUAAAUAUCCAGACAGAAGACAGUUGGUUUUAAUACCACAAAAUGAAUGCGGGGUAAAGAAAUGUGUUUGUACUACCAUCAAACCGAGUCGAUUAGUCUACUCUGAUUUGAUCGAAUUAACCAGCUACAGUAAAUUUGUUGCUAAACACAUAACAUAUUUCAAGUUGGAAGAUCCUUUGGCUUUGCCCAACAAAAUUGUGUCUCCUGCAACAACAUUAAAAACGCAAACUGCUAAUUGUUUUGAACUGGCGAUACUAUUAGUAUCAUUUUUAAUUGGUUGUGGGUACAAUGCUUUUGUUGUAUAUGGAUAUGCCACAAAAAUUGUGUGCAAUAAUGAUCUAAGGAAAAUCAAAAUAGAUCUUCCAAAAGAAUCAUUCGAUGAACAAGAAUCAGAGUCUGAUAGUAUAGAAGAUAUUGUAGAUGAUCCUUAUGCUAUAGAACCUAUGAUUGAUUUAUGUAAUGAGUAUGUUGAUUUUUUAAUGGAUGAAGAAAAAAAUAAAACUGCAGUCAAUGCUGAAAUACAAGAGAUAGAAUUUUAUGAUUGGACUGAUCCGCUAUUUGGUAAACGAGUACAUGCUUGGGUCAUGGUUAUACCGUUGGAAACUGAAAACGAUAAAAAUGAAUCCGAAAUUCCAUAUUUCAUUGAACCUAGUACAGGUGAGCGGAAAGAAAUCUCUGAUGAAAAUUAUACUGGAAUAGAAGUGGUCUGGAACAAUACUAAUUAUUGGGUUAAUUUGCAAUCCUUGGAAGGAGGUUGUGCGCAAUAUGAUUUUACUUUAAUGAAUACAACAUAUUGGGAACAUUUUUUACCAGAUAAACCUCAAAGUGUACGAAGGGGGACGCUCGGAUUAAAACAUAAUGAAAAUGAAACGAUAAAAAAUCUCGAGAUGCCCAAUUCAUGGGUUACUGUUAUACAAGUUCCUAUAAAUAAAUAUCUUAUGCUAUAUCCAAACGGUAAAAAAAUCGUGCGAUAUAUGAAUGCGAUCAAAGAGUUUUAUGCCGACUAUAGCAUGCCUAAUGGAUUGGUUAAAAGAACAACAUUUUAUUCCAAACCAGGAUAUUUGAAUAAAAUAUUUGUUCGAGAAAUCUACAAAAAUAGAGUAGACAAAUUGAUGUGCACUGACACAAACUAUGCAGUUGAAGGAACUCUAGGAACUGAAACUAUAGAAUAUUUUAGACCUGGCCGGGAUGAUUAUUUAAAAAAAUAUAAAUUUUAUGGGGAUUGUGACAAUAUAGAAACCAGACGUUUGGUUACAUUUUAUAAAUUGAGGCUAGAUUCAAUGGCUGGUAUAAAAAUUAAUGAAAAUAGUUUCAUUAUAACGUAUAAUGAUAGAUCGGAUUUAUUAUUCUGGCACCUGUGUGUAUUUCAUAGAACGAAAAACCACGAAACCCGGAGUAUAAACGAUAAAAGGAAACCUAAGUGUGUAGUUGAAAAAUAUUUAAGAAAUGAAUCAAAACAUAAAGAUCUAGAUAUUGCCACAAUAACUUUUGAUCUUGAAAGUAAUAACAUUUAUGUUCAAUAUCAAUAUGGCGAAGGUCAGAUCACACAAUCAAGUAGAUUGUUUAAAAAGCCCACUUAUAGUUCAAUUAAAAAUGAAAAAUUCAACCCAAAAUCAGUCAUUGAAGAUAUUGUUUACCCAUAUAUGGGGUAUUUGAAAACCCAUGAAGCGUAUAUCAUGUUACAAGAAAUGAUCGAAAGUGAAAAAAAAGCACUUAUUAACGUUUUAAAAUUAGAGAACAGUGUUAUACAAAUGCUGGAAACCCGUAGCCGAGAACGAUCAGAGUUUAAGUUGAAAGUAAAUUCAUUGGAUUGGGACCGGAAUCAUUGGAUCAGAAAAUUACUACAAGAUAAAAAAGAUAAAAAACAUAAGUUAACUACAAAAGAGUCGAAUGCCUCAUAUAUACGAGACAAAAUCAUACAAUACUUCAGACUAAAUACCAAAAAUCAGUUUAUACGAUUUAAACAGUUGUUUGAAACGAAAAAUUUGGAGUUACAGUCUUUGACAAAGUCUCUACAAACCAAUGAUGCUGAACUCAGAGAUAGAAAUUUAAUAAGGUGUUCGUCACUAAAAACCGAAUUAAAUAUAUUGACGUUGAAAUUAAAAAGAUACAAAGAAUCACGUAUUAAAAGAUACAACAAUUUAGCAACAUGCAUAAAUAGUAAUCCUGAUUAUAAAAAGUUACCACCUUUAAAAUUAUUUGUUUAA